UCGCACUGCAUUGCAUUGCAUCGUAGACAGCGCCAAAAUCCCGCGUGGCAAACACACACGGGUCUGUCAGUUCUGUCAGGUCUGUACUCAAGGUCCGAAUCUUCUCCAAAUACGGAGUACUAGUAGUUACCAUCCAGCCAUGUAUUACGACCUUCUAUCUACAAUCUUCAUUGUUCUCUAUCAAGAUCAAGAGGGCACUUGAGACUGCGACAUGUGCUGGUGCAACCCUCAAUGACUUGUAACUACCGCAACCAGGAUGAAGGGGGGGAGAAAUGCUGGGACUGAACCAUCCGCUGGCUGGGCUGAUGCAGGACCACUCGUUCGAUCUCUGGACCUCGCCGGUUGAGCCGCGAUCGCCGAUGACACACACUUAUCCCUACUCGUACAACAAACCUACACUUUCAACACCAUCAUCUACAGAGUACACACUACAGAGACACCAUUCUGGCACGAGCAAUCUUCGUACAAGAACGAGCAAAUGUUUCCAUGUCGUUCCUACUGAUCAAUUCUGCCACGCAGUAGUAACUCUAGUGUCUUCCGGUUUUUCUUCUACGCCGUUGCUACUGACACGCAAGAUGGCAAAUUCCCCCUUUUCGCCUCUGCAUUGGUCAUCCCUUACGAGGUGUGCCGGGACCGCUGUGAAGGCGAAUCCAAUAAUUUUCUUUCCAUUCGAAUUCUGCACUUUUAACUCCAACUCGAUAGGUAGGACUUGUGUCACAUUGCUCCUCGUGCCAGGCGAUGGCGCCAUAACCCGGACAAAGAACCCGUUUCAACAACCAUCUCCCGGUACUUUACCCCGGCGGUGCUUUUGCCCAUCUAGGUAUCUACAUUGCUUUGUUUUGCCUGACUGUCCGCCAAAGAAUCUAAUAAAUCCUUCCAUGCCCUUGUGUGCACUGUGAACCCAGAUGCAAGCCCGUCAGCAAAGAACAAUCUAUGGCUGACCCGAUGAGACC